CUCCGGCCCCGCCGCCACGGCCAGCGCGGCGGGCUCUGGCUGCGGGGGCGGCGCGGGCGAGGGGGCCGAGGAGGCUGCCAAGGACCUGGCCGACAUCGCGGCCUUCUUCCGAUCCGGGUUUCGAAAAAACGAUGAAAUGAAAGCUAUGGAUGUUUUGCCAAUUUUAAAGGAAAAAGUUGCAUACCUUUCAGGUGGCAGAGAUAAACGUGGAGGUCCCAUUCUAACCUUUCCGGCCCGCAGCAAUCACGAUAGAAUACGACAGGAGGACCUCAGGAGACUCAUUUCCUAUCUGGCCUGUAUCCCUAGCGAAGAGGUUUGCAAGCGAGGAUUUACGGUGAUCGUGGACAUGCGUGGGUCCAAGUGGGACUCCAUUAAACCUCUGCUGAAGAUCCUGCAAGAGUCCUUCCCCUGCUGCAUUCAUGUUGCACUGAUAAUCAAGCCAGACAACUUUUGGCAGAAACAGAGGACUAAUUUUGGCAGUUCUAAAUUUGAAUUUGAGACAAAUAUGGUCUCUUUAGAGGGCCUUACCAAAGUAGUUGAUCCUUCUCAGCUAACUCCCGAGUUUGAUGGCUGCUUGGAAUACAACCAUGAGGAAUGGAUUGAAAUCAGAGUUGCUUUUGAAGACUACAUUAGCAACGCAACCCACAUGCUCUCUCGGCUGGAAGAACUUCAGGACAUCCUAGCCAAGAAAGAAUUGCCUCAGGAUUUGGAGGGGGCUCGGAAUAUGAUCGAGGAACAUUCCCAGCUGAAGAAGAAGGUGAUUAAGGCCCCCAUAGAAGACUUGGAUUUAGAGGGACAAAAGCUGCUCCAGAGGAUUCAGAGCAGUGACAGCUUUCCCAAAAAGAACUCCGGGUCAGGCAAUGCGGACCUGCAGAGCCUCCUACCCAAGGUGUCUGCCAUGUUGGACAGGCUGCAUUCCACACGGCAGCAUCUGCACCAGAUGUGGCACGUACGAAAACUGAAGCUGGACCAGUGCUUUCAGCUGAGGCUGUUUGAGCAGGACGCUGAAAAGAUGUUUGACUGGAUCACACACAACAAGGGCCUGUUUCUGAACAGCUACACUGAGAUUGGGACCAGCCAUCCUCAUGCGAUGGAGCUCCAGACACAGCACAACCACUUCGCUAUGAACUGUAUGAACGUGUAUGUAAAUAUAAACCGCAUCAUGUCGGUGGCAAAUCGCUUGGUAGAGUCUGGCCACUACGCCUCUCAGCAGAUCAAGCAGAUUGCGAAUCAGCUGGAGCAGGAGUGGAAGGCAUUUGCCGCAGCCCUGGAUGAGCGGAGUACCUUGCUGGACAUGUCCUCCAUUUUCCAUCAGAAGGCUGAAAAGUAUAUGAGCAACGUGGAUUCGUGGUGUAAAGCCUGUGGUGAGGUAGACCUUCCCUCAGAGCUGCAGGAUCUGGAGGACGCCAUUCAUCACCAUCAGGGGAUAUAUGAGCACAUCACUCUCGCUUAUUCUGAGGUGAGCCAGGAUGGGAAGUCGCUCCUUGACAAGCUCCAGCGGCCUCUGACUCCCGGCAGCUCCGAUUCCCUGACAGCCUCCGCCAACUACUCCAAGGCCGUGCACCAUGUCCUGGAUGUCAUCCACGAGGUGCUGCACCACCAGCGGCAGCUGGAAAACAUCUGGCAGCACCGCAAGGUCCGGCUCCACCAGCGCCUGCAGCUGUGUGUGUUCCAGCAAGACGUGCAGCAGGUGCUAGACUGGAUUGAGAACCAUGGAGAAGCAUUUCUGAGCAAACAUACAGGUGUGGGGAAAUCUCUGCAUCGGGCCAGAGCUUUGCAGAAACGUCAUGAAGAUUUUGAAGAAGUCGCACAGAACACAUAUACCAACGCAGAUAAAUUACUAGAAGCGGCAGAACAGCUGGCUCAGACCGGGGAAUGUGACCCAGAAGAGAUUUAUCAGGCUGCCCAUCAGCUUGAAGACCGGAUACAAGAUUUUGUUCGGCGUGUGGAGCAGCGCAAGAUCCUGUUGGACAUGUCCGUGUCCUUUCAUAGCCACGUCAAGGAGCUGUGGACAUGGCUGGAGGAGCUGCAGAAGGAGCUGCUGGAUGACGUGUACGCCGAGUCGGUGGAGGCCGUGCAGGACCUCAUCAAGCGCUUUGGCCAGCAGCAGCAGACGACCCUGCAAGUGACGGUCAACGUGAUCAAGGAAGGGGAGGACCUCAUCCAGCAGCUGAGGGACUCGGCCAUCUCCAGCAACAAGACCCCACACAACAGCUCCAUCAGCCACAUCGAGACGGUGCUGCAGCAGCUGGAUGAGGCCCAGGCCCAGAUGGAGGAGCUCUUCCAGGAGCGCAAGAUCAAGCUGGAGCUCUUCCUGCAGCUGCGCAUAUUCGAGAGGGAUGCCAUCGAUAUCAUCUCAGACCUGGAGUCUUGGAACGAUGAGCUUUCUCAGCAAAUGAACGACUUUGACACGGAAGAUCUCACGAUAGCAGAACAGCGCCUCCAGCACCAUGCAGACAAAGCUCUGACCAUGAACAACUUGACCUUCGAUGUCAUCCACCAAGGGCAGGACCUUUUGCAGUACGUCAACGAAGUGCAGGCCUCUGGAGUGGAGCUGCUUUGCGAUAGAGAUGUCGACAUGGCAACUCGGGUCCAGGACCUGUUGGAGUUCCUUCAUGAAAAGCAGCAGGAGCUGGAUUUGGCAGCUGAGCAGCAUCGGAAGCACCUGGAGCAAUGUGUGCAGCUCCGCCAUCUGCAGGCGGAAGUGAAGCAGGUGCUGGGCUGGAUCCGCAAUGGAGAGUCGAUGCUGAACGCUGGCCUCAUCACGGCCAGCUCGUUACAAGAGGCAGAGCAGCUGCAGAGGGAGCACGAACAGUUCCAGCACGCCAUCGAGAAAACGCAUCAGAGUGCCCUGCAGGUGCAGCAGAAGGCAGAAGCCAUGCUGCAGGCCAAUCACUACGACAUGGACAUGAUCCGGGACUGUGCCGAGAAAGUGGCCUCUCACUGGCAGCAGCUCAUGCUCAAAAUGGAAGACCGCCUCAAGCUGGUGAACGCAUCUGUCGCCUUCUACAAAACCUCAGAGCAGGUAUGCAGUGUCCUCGAGAGCCUGGAGCAAGAGUACAAGAGAGAAGAGGACUGGUGCGGAGGAGCCGACAAGCUGGGCCCCAACUCGGAGACAGACCACGUCACCCCAAUGAUCAGCAAGCAUCUGGAGCAAAAGGAAGCCUUCCUGAAGGCUUGCACACUUGCUAGAAGGAAUGCAGAUGUCUUCCUGAAAUACCUGCACAGGAACAGUGUGAACAUGCCAGGAAUGGUGACACAUAUCAAAGCCCCUGAACAACAAGUAAAAAAUAUCUUGAACGAACUCUUCCAACGGGAAAACAGGGUAUUGCACUAUUGGACCAUGAGAAAGAGACGGCUAGACCAAUGCCAGCAGUAUGUGGUCUUUGAACGAAGUGCCAAGCAGGCUUUAGAAUGGAUCCAUGACAACGGGGAGUUCUACCUUUCCACUCAUACCUCCACGGGCUCAAGUAUACAGCACACACAAGAGCUACUGAAAGAGCACGAGGAGUUUCAGAUCACUGCAAAGCAAACCAAAGAGAGAGUGAAGCUAUUGAUACAGCUGGCUGAUGGCUUUUGUGAAAAAGGGCAUGCCCAUGCAGCAGAGAUAAAAAAAUGUGUGACUGCCGUGGAUAAGAGGUACAGAGAUUUCUCUCUGCGGAUGGAGAAGUACAGGACCUCUUUGGAGAAAGCCCUGGGGAUUUCUUCAGAUUCCAACAAAUCGAGCAAGAGUCUUCAGCUAGACAUAAUCCCUGCCAGUGUCCCUGGGUCGGAGGUGAAGCUUCGUGAUGCUGCUCACGAGCUUAAUGAAGAGAAACGGAAGUCGGCCCGCAGGAAAGAGUUCAUCAUGGCUGAGCUAAUUCAAACUGAAAAGGCUUACGUAAGAGACCUCCGCGAGUGUAUGGAUACGUACCUGUGGGAAAUGACCAGCGGGGUGGAGGAGAUCCCAGCCGGCAUCGUAAACAGAGAGCUUGUUAUCUUCGGGAACAUGCAGGAAAUCUAUGAGUUUCAUAAUAACAUAUUCCUUAAAGAGCUGGAAAAAUAUGAGCAGUUGCCAGAGGACGUUGGACAUUGCUUUGUUACUUGGGCAGACAAGUUUCAGAUGUAUGUCACAUAUUGCAAAAAUAAGCCUGAUUCUACUCAGCUGAUAUUAGAGCAUGCGGGAUCCUACUUUGAUGAAAUACAGCAGCGGCAUGGAUUAGCCAAUUCCAUCUCUUCUUACCUUAUUAAGCCAGUUCAGCGAAUAACGAAGUAUCAACUUCUUUUAAAAGAGCUACUCACUUGCUGUGAGGAAGGAAAAGGGGAGAUAAAAGAUGGCCUCGAGGUGAUGCUCAGUGUGCCUAAGCGAGCCAACGACGCCAUGCACCUCAGCAUGCUGGAAGGGUUUGAUGAAAAUAUUGAGUCUCAGGGAGAACUCAUUCUGCAGGAAUCCUUCCAAGUGUGGGACCCAAAAACCUUAAUUCGAAAGGGUCGAGAACGGCAUCUCUUCCUUUUUGAAAUGUCCUUAGUAUUUAGUAAAGAAGUGAAAGAUUCCAGUGGCAGAAGCAAGUACCUUUAUAAAAGCAAAUUGUUUACCUCAGAGUUGGGUGUCACAGAACACGUUGAAGGAGAUCCUUGCAAAUUUGCACUGUGGGUGGGGAGGACGCCAACCUCAGAUAAUAAAAUUGUCCUUAAGGCUUCCAGUAUAGAAAACAAGCAGGACUGGAUAAAGCACAUCCGCGAAGUAAUCCAGGAAAGGACUAUCCACCUGAAAGGAGCCCUGAAGGAGCCCAUUCACAUCCCUAAAACGGCGCCGGCCACGAGACAGAAGGGAAGGAGGGAUGGAGAGGAUCUGGAUAGCCAGGGCGAUGGGAGCAGCCAGCCAGACACAAUAUCCAUCGCCUCACGGACGUCUCAGAACACACUGGACAGUGAUAAGCUCUCCGGCGGCUGCGAGCUGACAGUGGUGAUCCACGACUUCACUGCCUGCAACAGCACGGAGCUGACCAUCCGCCGUGGCCAGACUGUGGAGGUUUUGGAGCGGCCCCACGACAAGCCUGACUGGUGUCUGGUGCGGACCACCGACCGGUCCCCCGCUGCAGAAGGCCUGGUUCCCUGCGGCUCUCUGUGCAUCGCCCACUCGAGAAGUAGCAUGGAAAUGGAGGGCAUCUUCAACCACAAAGACUCUCUGUCCGUCUCCAGCAACGAUGCCAGCCCGCCGGCCUCUGUGGCUUCCCUCCAGCCCCACAUGAUGGGGGCCCAGAGCUCCCCGGGCCCCAAGCGGCCAGGAAACACGCUGCGCAAGUGGCUGACGAGCCCGGUGCGGCGGCUGAGCAGCGGCAAGGCCGACGGGCACGUGAAGAAGCUGGCGCACAAGCACAAGAAGAGCAGGGAGGUCCGCAAGAGCGCCGACGCCGGCUCGCAGAAGGACUCGGACGACAGCGCGGCCACCCCGCAGGAUGAGACUGUGGAGGAGAGAGGCCGGAAUGAGGGCCUGAGCAGUGGCACGCUCUCGAAGUCCUCAUCGUCGGGCAUGCAGAGCUGCGGAGAAGAAGAAGGGGAGGAGGGGGCCGAUGCCGUGCCUCUCCCCCCACCCAUGGCCAUCCAGCAGCACAGCCUGCUCCAGCCGGAUUCACAGGACGACAAGGCCUCUUCUCGGUUAUUAGUUCGCCCCACCAGCUCCGAAACUCCGAGUGCAGCCGAGCUCGUGAGUGCAAUUGAAGAACUUGUGAAAAGCAAGAUGGCACUGGAGGAUCGUCCCAGCUCACUCCUUGUUGACCAGGGAGACAGUAGCAGCCCCUCCUUCAACCCUUCAGACAACUCCCUCCUGUCCUCCUCCUCGCCCAUUGAUGAGAUGGAAGAAAGGAAAUCCAGCUCUCUAAAGAGACGGCACUAUGUUUUGCAAGAACUAGUGGAGACGGAGCGUGACUAUGUGCGGGACCUCGGCUGUGUGGUUGAGGGCUACAUGGCUCUUAUGAAAGAAGACGGCGUUCCCGACGACAUGAAAGGGAAGGACAAGAUUGUAUUUGGCAACAUCCAUCAGAUUUAUGACUGGCACAGAGACUUUUUUUUAGGAGAGUUGGAGAAGUGCCUUGAAGAUCCGGAAAAACUGGGAUCCCUUUUUGUUAAACAUGAGAGAAGGUUGCACAUGUACAUAGUUUAUUGUCAAAAUAAACCAAAGUCUGAGCACAUUGUCUCAGAAUACAUUGAUACCUUUUUUGAGGACUUAAAGCAGCGUCUGGGCCACAGGUUGCAGCUCACAGAUCUGUUAAUCAAACCGGUGCAGAGGAUUAUGAAGUACCAGCUGCUCCUGAAGGAUUUCCUCAAGUAUUCCAAAAAAGCUAGCCUGGACACGUCAGAAUUAGAGAGAGCCGUGGAAGUCAUGUGCAUAGUCCCCAAGCGGUGCAACGACAUGAUGAACGUGGGGCGGCUGCAAGGAUUUGACGGUAAAAUUGUUGCCCAGGGCAAGCUGCUCUUGCAGGACACAUUCUUGGUCACUGACCAAGAUUCGGGACUUCUGCCUCGGUGUAAAGAGAGGCGGGUUUUCCUCUUUGAGCAGAUCGUCAUUUUCAGUGAACCACUUGAUAAAAAAAAGGGCUUCUCGAUGCCAGGAUUCCUGUUCAAGAACAGCAUCAAGGUGAGUUGCCUUUGCCUGGAGGAAAAUGUGGAAAAUGAUCCGUGUAAAUUUGCUCUGACAUCGAGGACGGGUGGUGUGGUGGAGACCUUCAUUUUGCAUUCAUCCAGUCCAAGCGUCCGGCAAACAUGGAUCCAUGAAAUCAACCAAAUUUUAGAAAACCAGCGCAAUUUUUUAAAUGCCUUGACAUCACCAAUCGAGUAUCAGAGGAACCACAGCGGGGGCGGCGGCGGGGGCGGCAGUGGCGGCCUCCCCAGCGCGAGCAGAAGCAGACCCUCCCGGAUCCCCCAGCCUGUCAGACACCACUCCCCCGUGCUGGUCUCCUCUGCAACCUCGAGCCAGGCAGAGGCAGACAAGAUGUCAGGUAUGUCCACUCCCGGCCCUGCACCGCCCCUUCCCGGCAGCAGCCCCGCUCCGGAGGCCGGCCCCGGCCAGCCCGGCAGGCGCGCCCCGGGAGAGCCCGAAGGCCCCGAGCAAGACGCGGAGCACAUCCCCAAGAUGAAGGUGAUUGAGAGCCCCAGGAAGUCCUCGGGGAGUGCCGCAGGCACCAGCCGCGAUGGGGACGCCAAGGAGGCGCGGGCCAUCCCGGAGGACAGCCGCUCGCGGAGUAGCCUGGCCUCGCUGCCCCUGGGAAAGCCCAGGCCCGGGGCCGUCUCGCCUCUGAACUCUCCUGUGGCCACCGCGUUCCCUUCUCCGAUCGGCAAGGAGCCCUUUCCCCCCAGCAGCCCCCUGCAAAAGGGGGGCUCCUUCUGGAGCUCCAUUCCCGCCUCCCCCGCCAGCCGGCCGGGCUCCUUCACCUUCCCGGGGGACAGUGACUCCCUCCAGCGGCAGGCGCAGCGCCACGCGGCCCCCGGCAAGGACACGGACCGCAUGAGCACGUGCUCCUCGGCCAGCGAGCAGUCCGUGCAGUCCACCCAGAGCAACGGGAGUGAAAGUAGCAGCAGUAGCAACAUCUCCACCAUGUUGGUGACACACGAUUACACGGCAGUGAAGGAGGAUGAGAUAAACGUCUAUCAAGGAGAGGUCGUUCAAAUUCUGGCCAGCAAUCAACAGAACAUGUUUCUGGUGUUCCGAGCCGCCACUGACCAGUGCCCCGCAGCCGAGGGCUGGAUUCCAGGCUUCGUCCUGGGGCAUACCAGUGCAGUCAUCAUGGAGAACCCCGAUGGGACUCUCAAGAAGUCAACAUCUUGGCACACAGCACUCCGUUUAAGGAAAAAAUCUGAGAAAAAAGAAAAAGACGGCAAGCGGGAAGGCAAGUUAGAGAACGGUUAUCGGAAGUCGCGGGAGGGGCUCAGCAACAAGGUAUCUGUGAAGCUUCUCAAUCCCAACUACAUAUAUGACGUUCCCCCAGAAUUCGUCAUUCCCUUGAGUGAGGUCACGUGUGAGACAGGGGAGACCGUUGUUCUUAGAUGUCGAGUUUGUGGCCGCCCUAAGGCCUCGAUCACCUGGAAGGGCCCUGAACACAACACCUUGAACAACGGCGGUCACUACAGCAUCUCCUACAGUGACUUGGGAGAGGCCACUCUGAAGAUCGUCGGCGUGACCACAGAAGAUGACGGCAUCUACACGUGCAUCGCUGUGAACGACAUGGGUUCAGCCUCGUCGUCAGCCAGUCUGAGGGUGCUGGGUGCAGGGAGUGAUGGGAUCAUGGUGACCUGGAAGGACAACUUUGACUCCUUCUACAGUGAAGUGGCUGAACUUGGCAGGGGCAGAUUCUCUGUCGUUAAGAAAUGCGAUCAGAAAGGAACCAAACGAGCAGUGGCCACUAAGUUUGUGAACAAGAAGUUGAUGAAGCGUGACCAGGUCACCCAUGAGCUUGGAAUCCUGCAGAACCUCCAGCACCCGCUGCUUGUUGGCCUCCUUGACACCUUCGAGACCCCCGCCAGCUACGUCCUGGUGUUAGAAAUGGCUGACCAGGGGCGUCUCCUGGACUGUGUGGUGCGCUGGGGAAACCUCACCGAAGGGAAGAUCAGAACGUAUCUGGGGGAGGUUCUGGAAGCCGUCCGAUACCUUCACAACUGCAGGAUAGCACACCUGGACCUAAAGCCUGAAAACAUUCUGGUGGAUCAGAGUUUGGCCAAGCCAACGAUUAAACUGGCUGAUUUUGGAGAUGCUGUCCAACUCAACACGACCUACUACAUCCACCAGUUACUGGGGAACCCCGAGUUUGCAGCCCCCGAAAUCAUCCUUGGGAACCCCAUCUCCCUGACCUCGGAUACAUGGAGUGUCGGAGUGCUCACAUAUGUGCUUCUCAGCGGCGUGUCCCCCUUCCUCGAUGACAGCGUGGAGGAGACCUGCCUGAACAUUUGCCGACUAGACUUUAGUUUCCCAGAGGACUGCUUUAAAGGAGUGAGCCAGAAGGCCAAGGAGUUCGUGUGUUUCCUCCUGCAAGAGGACCCUGCCAAGCGUCCCUCGGCUGCGCUGGCCCUCCAGGAGCAGUGGCUGCAGGCGGGCCAUGGCAGUGGCAAAGGGGCGGGCGUCCUCGACACGUCCAGACUGACCUCCUUCAUUGAGCGGCGCAAACACCAGAACGAUGUUCGACCUAUCCGUAGCGUUAAAAACUUCUUACAGAGCAGGCUUUUGCCUAGAGUUUGACCUAUCUUGAAGUUCUUUCUCAUUCUCUUUCACCUGCCAAUCAGCUGUUAAUUUGAAUUUGAAGACAGACACACACCAACAGAACUGAUCAGCUGCCGUAUGUUCAUCGUGUGACAUUGGGCUCCGCGGGAGCUGUGCUUGGCAGUGCCUGGGACUCGGGAGCACGCUGUGCUGGGGUGGAGGACCUUCUCGUACACUCUUCAUGAGCGGAGACAGCAUUGCUGUAUCGCAGUCUUUUAUUCAGGUUUCUGCAAAAAAUAAAAAGAAACUUUUUUAAACAAA